GUGGGCUGGUCAACAUUCAGAAUAAAUACCCUCUAUACUUUCUCUUUCUCAUCUCUCUUUCCUUACAGCAGACUCACACAGCAGCUCUGAACCUUCUCAUUUUCAACAACAGAAACUAUGGUCUUCGCUGUGCUUUCAAGGCUCCUUCUUGGGAUUGUGUUGCUUUCUGAUAUUCAAAGUGUGUCGAAUGAAGAGGUGGACAUAAGCACCCUCGCCAGGAUUCGAGUACAUUUAAAUUUGAAAUACACUUAUGGAGGUGCUGUGCAAUAUGCCAUCAAUGUCCCGAAGGAGCAGUGUCGAAGAGGUUUCAUCCCAUCAUCAUUUAACUUUCUGACAAAAGACAUGUCAAGCGAUGUUAGGCCUUACUUUCAACAUGACAAUAAAGAAGUCUACCAAGGCACUGAACUCACGGCUACAGUGGUUCAUAGAGAUGCCCCUUAUGAGCAUUUACUGAUGAAUCCUCCAAAUAAAUCUCCUUUGACACACUUGCUGAAUAAAAGGAGUGAUGGAUGUGUGAUUUUCUACACUUAUCGGUUCUCUCCCUGUGUAGACGGAUGUCUUAACAGUAGUGUUAUGCUUGCAGGUCUUCAGGAAUUAGAGAAUUAUCAGGGAAUGAAAGCCUUUGUUUACACACAUACACAUAAAGAAGAUCAGAACUACCACAACCUACAUAAUAAACUGAAAAAGAUUGCUGAGCAUGUGCCACUUUACCAAUGUCGUGGACGUAGUUGUACGCCUUGUGGAAACCAUGUGAGAAGCAGAUGUUUAAGAUAGGUUCAUCCUGUUGAGUUUCUUCAGUGCUUUAACUGAUCUGUGCUUUGGCACUGGAGUUUCAGAGUCGGCUGAGACUUCUGAUGAUACAUUUCAGUGCUCAAAUGAUCAGUUUAUACUCUGCCUUUUGCUUUUUCAUUUAACAAACUUAAUAAUGAGUCAAUUCUUUCAGAUCAGAGUACAUCUGUCUCUUUCAUUUGAUGAAAAAAAUGUGAGCUCUCAUAAAUAAAGGUACGUAAGCUGUCACUGGGGUGGUACCUUUUCAAAAGGUACACAUUUGUACUUAAAGGGUACAUAUUGGUAAGUCAAAUGUAUA